CUUUUCUCUCUUGCACAUGGGCAUUCUUUCUUGUCUUCCUGGAUUUCGGCCAAUGAUGGGCGCGCCAUUUUAUACACAGCGUUUUGCAUUUGGGCCUGGGGGGAGCGGUUUCCUUUGUGUUUGGCCUGAUAUCUGACAACCGCCGCUUCGGCGACUGGAACCCUUCAUUGCUUUUUAUGGUUUCAUUGGCGGUUCCUUGAUUUUACGUUGUCCUUAUCUUUUUGUCAAUUACAGUGUCGUUUCCCAUUUUUUACGUUUCCUUUCGUCAUUGGACCGGUAACUGACAUACACUACUUUCACGUCUGUUCAUUCUUUCCUUCAUUUUUUUACUCUUUCGGAGCGCCGGAACGUCCCUACUGUCAUUUUGUUCUCUUUCUCAAAAAUUGUUUCCUCUCUCUUUGGUGCUCUUUAUUUCCCAAACCAUGGAGUUUACGCUGCUUUGUAACCUCGGAGGUCCGCGCAAUGCCAGCGUUUCUUUGCGGCUCCGACUGCUGCAUGUGUGGCCGACGAAGUCUCCGGGGGACAUUAGGAUCUACAAUUACUAUACUCUUUGGGUCGACGAAACGGGCGUCUCGCCGACUUCAAUGGCUGCUGGGAUUCUUCGUAAUCUCUCGGUUGGCAAGAUAUACAUCAUAAAUUCUUUUGCCCUGAGCAAUCCGCCGAAUCAGUAUCGGGCGUGUUCCUUUGAUUUGGCUUUGGGUCUUUCGCCUUCGGCUUCUUUUCAGCCCUGUGUUCUUCCUACUGAAAGUUUCCCACUUGAUGCUUACGAGUUUGUGGCUUUCUCUCAGUUGAAUAUGCAUGCCGAUGUCGUUGGCCGACUCAGUUCGAUCAGCGGGAUAUCGCACAAGAUCACAAAUAACGGGCCUGCAGUCAAGCAAACGGUUAUAGUUGAGGAUGAAAGUGGAGCGAAGGUCUCGAUUACGCUCUGGGAUGAGUUUUCUGCGGUGUUGGAUCAUGUUGCUCUCACUCAGGCUGACUCGAUUGAAGCUGUGAUUUUGGCAUUUGGCGGCUUGCUGGUUAAUAAGCUGGGAGAUGAUUAUGUUCUGUCGAGUUCUGCCGCUACUCACAUAUCAGUCAAUCCUCCUGUACCAAAUGCUUAUUUUCUUGCAUCUAGGUUUGCUGAGAAACAUGAGGUUGUUGAAUCCUUGCUGGUUGAGUUUGCUACUGCCUCUGAUGCUACAGCUGAUGCAGAUCGUCGAACCAGGACUUUGAGUCAACUGCUGGCGUUAUCCAUAACAAAUUCGUCACUGGAAGAGAAGUACCGCUGUGGUGGAGUGAUUGUUGAUGUCGAGUCAAGCACACCUUGGUAUUGUAUUUCAUGCAAGUUAUGUUCGAGGGCUGUUUUGAAGCGUCGUGAUGAUACGUUUUGGUGUCCAAAGGAUUGGCAGUUGGACGAGGAACAAACUCGCGUCAACUACAAGCUCCAGCUUACACUGAGGGAUGACUCCUGUGAGGCGCGUUUUAUACUGAUGGGGGGGUGUGCACUUACGCUGGUGAACGUUUCUCCUGCACAUCUGGCCCAGAGGUUCCCCCAUCGUCCUGGUCAGCUGCCCCCACAACUGCAUCAGUUACGAGGGCAAUAUGUCAAGGCCUCGAAGGGAAAGGAAAAGGUUUCAGACUCUCUUCUCAUUGAAGCUCCAGCUAUGCCGUUUAGCAUCACUGAUGAACCAGAUCUGAUUGACAUAUUUCCCAGUUAUGAGGGCAAGGAUUUCCGGAACCCUAUUUUUGCAAAUGUCAGAAAUGAAGAUAUUGAUACUGAGUCGCGGGUUCUUGGAGGUUCUCAGGUUUCAGUGAUGGGUGUACAGGUGGGCUCUACCCGAACUGCUGCACAUGCUGCGAUGUCUUCUGCUGUUCAUUCUGCUGUACCAUCUGUCCAAUCUGCUGCUUCAAUGAUCCCCAGACGAUCAGCAAGAAUUGAAGAGUCUAUGAGCCCCGAGGAUGUUGGCCGUGGCUCAUCUAUGCCAGCUGCAAAAAUUUUAAAGCCAUCACCCGAGUCAUCUCCUGGAAUGACUUUAGGUUCAACCGUCGUGUCACCCUCGGAUCACCGUGAGUUGGUUUCUCCACUGGCCAAGAUCAAGGUGGAGAAAUUGGAUGCUGCCGAAAGUGCUCAGGCGCAACAUGGUGGUUCCUCGUAGGCAGGUGUUGAUAUAGAAAGGGAUGCUUUGGUGGAUAGUCAGAAAAAAUUGGCAGCAAAGCGUGGUUUGUUCAAGAAGUGAUCAUGGUUUCAAGGGUACUCCUAGCUCUGUUGUUUGAUCCUAUUCUCUCAUAACAUUUUUGUUGUAGGUUAGUUUUUGUGCGUGUCAUGAUUCUUAUUAUUCCAUGUUGUUUGCUGCAGCAACUAAAGAUGUGUUUGAUGA